CAGCCGAGAAGAAGAGGAUGGCGGAGGAUGGGAGGGAUGAGUCGCUGGCCACUGACGACGAGUCAGACAACACAGCUGUAGACGGGAUCCAGAGCCUGAACGACACGAUGGUGGGAGAGGGCUCCACUCUCCUGCGCAGGAUGGAGAUCUGCGUUGCUGAGGCUGAGAAAAGGAACGGCAAAAACACGGUGAACAUGCAGGAGACGUUCACUGUGUACCUGGUCGAAACACGGCCAAUGGACGCGGUUGCCGAAGGUCGUAACCAGGCCCCGGACUCUCUGUGGAGGAGAUACAGUGAAUUUGAACUGCUGCGGAACUACUUGUUAGUUACCUAUCCUUACAUCGUGGUGCCCCCUCUACCAGAGAAGAGGGCUGAGUUUGUGUGGCACAAGCUGUCGGCAGACAACAUGGACCCAGACUUUGUGGAGCGCCGCCGGGUCGGGCUGGAGAACUUCCUGCUUCGCGUGGCAUCACAUCCCCUCCUCUCCAAUGACAAGAUCCUCCACCACUUCCUCACUGAGGAGCACGGCUGGAAGGAAGUGGUGUAUGAGACAGGAUUCCAGGCAAAGGCAGAUUCCCGGCUGCGAGCUCUCAGUGCCACCUUCAGGGUGAGAAAUCCAGAUAAACGCUUCAUGGAGAUGAAACACUACAGCGAUGAGCUGCAGUCUCACACAUCUCAGCUGCUCCGAGCAAGAGCAAGGGUGGCAGAUCGACUCUACGGUGUUUACAAGGUCCACGGGAACUAUGGAAGAGUCUUCAGUGAGUGGAGCGCCAUAGAGAAAGAGAUGGGAGAUGGACUGCAAAGUGCCGGUCAUCACAUGGACGCAUAUGCCGCCUCAAUAGAUGAUAUCUUAGAAGAGGAGGAACAUUAUGCCGACCAACUGAAAGAAUAUCUCUUCUAUGCUGAAGCUCUGAGGGCGGUGUGCAGGAAACACGAGCUGACCCAGUUUGAGCUUGAGAUGGCCUCCCAAGACCUCAUCUCCAAGAAGCAGCAGCACGAGGAGCUAGCUACCGGGAUUGUGCGGACGUUCUCUUUCAAAGGCAUGACCAACAAGCUUUUUGGCCAAGAGGCCCCCGAGCAGAGGGAGGCCAGGCUGAAGCUGCUGGAGGAGCUGAUCACAGAGGGGGAAGAAACCGUCAAGGAGAAGACGGUUGAGUGCCAAGAGCACGUUGAAAGGGCGUGGGUGGAUAUGCGGCGCUUCAAGGAGCAGAAAGACAAAGAUCUGCGAGAAGCUCUCAUCAACUAUGCCGUCAUGCAAAUCAGCAUGUGCAAAAAGGGAAUACAAAUGUGGAGCAAUGCCAAAGAAUGUUUCCUCAAGAUGUAAAGUUGAAGCCAUAUUCAAAGGAUCUCCACCCUCAGUGCACAGUUGUGGAUGCUGGGAAAUGAUGCUAAUGUCUGCUGGUUGGGAAAACAACCACAGUAACAACAUUGCGUAUAAAGAUAAUGCAGUUUCAAGUACCCCGAAAAGUAGGGAUUUACAUUCAAUGUUAAAGGGACAGUUCGCCCGGAAAUUUAAAAGACAUAUUUAUGUUCCUCUUACCUGUAGUGCUAUUUAUCAAUCAAGAUAGUUUCGGGGUGAGUUGCCAAGAGAAGGCAGAGAUGUCUGUGGAUUAUCUUGAGUAACCGAGGUGGUGGGUUUCUGGGAAGAGACGUUGCCGUUGAGGUUUUCAGAUGUAUUCAGUGCCAUCUAGUCCCGUUAUACCAGAGAGAAGGCAGACCAAUGUCUUCUAUAUCGGUCUACCUGGGGUUCUAUUUAUCAGUUCUAUUGAUAAAUAGAACUACAAGUUUGGAUUUUGGAGCGAACUGUUCCUUUCAUCUUUUGUGGAGCGGAAUGGCUCAGGGAGAUGGUGGAUCACACAACGCACAUGACUGGACCAGGUUUGCAUUUCUCAAUUAGGCCAAGACCAUUUUCUCUCACCUUUUUAAAAGAGGCACUUUUAAAUUCUAUAUGAUAAAGUCAAGUAGCUAGUCGUGGGAUUAGUAAAUGAACUUUGACAGACGUGGGCAUUUUGUCAGAUUCUUGGGAGCUUGACACAUACAAGGAACUAAAAGUCUGCUUAUUUCAGACUCUGCUGCAUUGAUUUUGACCAGUCUUUUUGUAUAUUUAUUCUGUAUCCCUCAGUCUCCCAACUUUAUGGAUAUGCAAAGUAGCUGGAGUGCCCAAAGUUUACUGUUAGGUUUGGUUCAAAUUAAUUUGCAGUUAAAGCUAUUUCUGGUUUCACAAAGAUACAUUCUGACGACAUGAACCUAAUAGUCAGGGAUACAUCCGUUGCACAAAGUUGUUCAGUUCUUACUUAUCUUAAGUAGGACUCAUUUGCCAUGAGUUCUGGGAAGUUAAAUCUUUGAAGUACAAACAUUCCAGGAUGGUUACCACUGCUGUAUAUUUCCAACAGGUCAAUGUCAUCUCUCAGAACUCUCCCUUUUCUCUUUUCUUGAUCCAAAACAUUGUUAACAAUCUACAAAUCCAGAGGCAUGUUUUUAUCUUUUCUGUUAUUCUGUGCAAACGGUCAGAGGGCGUCACUGAUUGUUAAAAGAAUGUUAUUGAUUCGUAUCCAGUUAGUGAGUGGAUAUCCAAACAAUGACCUAUGUUUAGGGUGAUGUUCCCAAUUAUUGCGAAAUGAUGACGUCACAGACAGAAAUAGAUCGACGCUGAAGUGACGAGAUGAACAUGACCAUGAAUGCAUCCGGAUUAUUUGCUGGUAAAAAGAUUGACUAUUCCAUUGUCUGCGCCUACGCUCACAAAUCUUACUGUUCCUUUUAAAACACCUGACCAGUGUCCCGUCAUAGAGUAGUAUAUGUAACCCAGAACUCCUGGAGUCUGAGCCCAGCUUGAGCUAACUUUUAAUACUUUAAAUCAGUCUCUCUCUUAUUUUGAAACGGGCUUUUGCGUAUCAAGAGCAAAACUGGCCUAACAAUACAGACCAGUCUGAAAUAUCUUUGUGAAACUGGACCCAGAGGUGUGUUGCACAUUUGAUCAGCUCUUUAUUAGAAUAAUGAUUGAAAUGUCGCAAACACGCAGUGCUAUCUCCCCCAUAAUAUCAAGGUGCAAGAUGCCUCCUUUUGUGUCCUUUUUCCACCAAUUUGUCAAUGCUCAUGACAUAUGAGGUCACGUUGCAGUCUGAAUUAAUUAUGCUUAAUAAUCCAUUAUUUCUUGGUGAGCUCUAAGUGCAGCAGGGCCUGGACCAGAACUAAAAGGCAGCAAUGACUUGAAUGACUGAGCUGAGCUGCGGGUGUGAAAGUGACUUGAGCUGCCUAAACAUUAAUAUAAAAGGGACUCAGGAGUGGAUAUUGUGGUGAAAGCAAAUUAACAUCUAAGUUACAUUUCCUCCACUUUCUCUCUGCCAUGAGCUACUUGCAAACUAACAUGAAGGCAUCCAUCAAAGUGAGGAGGCCACAAGAUGUUGGUUCCAUGUGGGGAUGUCCAGGGCUGUACAGUAAGCUGCACAUAAGAGUCACGAUAAUCAGUCCCAAGAUUUCAUUUAGUUCACUUUCAUUGAAUUGAACCUUAAUUUAUUGACCUGUCUUACAUGUUCCACGUGAUUAAAAUAACUUUAAUUUCCUGUUUUGGAGGCUUGCCAGCAAUAAGCUUUGUGUGCGCAUUAAUUCAGUUUCCAUCACUCCAUUUGUCAAUACCCUUUUAUACUUCAAAUUUGAAUGCUUGAUUUGGAUUUAUUGCUCAUGUUUGUUCUAUUUAUUUGAAUAAAAAUGUGUC